AUGACAUCACCCAGCAACUAUUCCACUGCCCCGGUCUCUGAAUUCCUCCUCAUCUGCUUCCCCAACUUCCAGAGCUGGCAGCACUGGCUGUCCCUGCCCCUCAGCCUCCUUUUCCUCCUGGCCAUGUGGGCUAACAUAACACUCCUGCUCACCAUCCAACUGGAGACCACUCUGCACGAACCCAUGUACUACCUGCUCAGCCUUCUCUCCCUCCUGGACAUUGUGCUCUGCCUCACUGUCAUCCCCAAGGUUUUGGACAUCUUCUGGUUUGGAAAUAAAUCUAUCAGCUUUUCUGCCUGCUUCCUCCAGAUGUUCAUCAUGAACAGUUUUCUGACGAUGGAGUCCUGCACAUUCAUGGUCAUGGCCUAUGACCGCUAUGUGGCCAUCUGUCGCCCUCUGCGGUACCCAUCCAUUAUCACGAACCAAUUUGUGUUUAGGGCUUCCAUCUUCGUUGUGAUGAGGAAUGGCCUUCUUACUAUGCCUAUCCCCAUACUUUCUUCCCGGCUCAGAUACUGUGCAGAAAACAUGAUCAAUAACUGCAUCUGUACUAACAUAUCUGUUUCUAAACUCUCUUGUGAUGACAUUAUCUUCAAUCAGUUUUACCAGUUUGUUAUAGGUUGGACCCUGCUAGGUUCGGACCUCAUCCUUAUUGUUCUCUCUUAUUUUUUUAUCCUGAGAACUGUGCUAAGCAUCAAGGCUGAGGGAGCUGUGGCCAAAGCUCUAGGUACUUGUGGUUCUCACCUCAUCCUCAUCCUUUUCUUCAGCACGGUCCUGUUGGUUCUGGUCAUUACUAACUUGACUAGGAAGAAAAUUCCCCCGGAUGUCCCCAUCCUGCUUAACAUCCUGCACCACCUCAUCCCUCCAGCUCUGAACCCCAUUGUUUAUGGUGUGAGAACCAAGGAGAUCAAGCAGGGAAUCCAGAAACUACUGAGAAGGUUGUAA